ACUAUAAAGUCGUCUGCAAAGCGGAAAACGCGGCAAAACUUUACGUGAAACAAGUCGGGAAAACUUUACUAGUUCAACAAGCAAGUGUGACAGUCGACUGAAGGAAACGAUCACAACCAGAAAAGGGUCUACCGAGGGAAGGAACUUAUACUAUACAAGAUAAUGGAACUUCAAACUUCAACAAUGGUGGCAGUGUUUGUAGCAUGUAUGGUGGUGACACAAUCUUUAGCAAUACCGAUAUCUUCGGCAGAUGACGGGACAUCAUUAUCAGCGGAUAAAAGACCGAAAUACAUGGAAACAAGAGACCUCAAGGAUAUGUUGAUGUAUGCGUUGGAGGAGCUCAUUGCUGAGGGAAAAGUGAAUCCGAAUGUCCUUUUGGAAUCAGAAGACACAAUGAUUGAAAACAAAACAGAGAAAAGAGGUCGCCAUCUUGGAAUAUGUUUACGCGUUUCACCAUCUGGUUCUUAUAUCCCGAGACCAUGCUGGAGACGAGAAGGAUCAUCACAUUUAUGGUGGAAAUGAAAAGUGUUGGACGACUUAGAAGAUAAAUAAAAAACAUGUGUAAAAGACAUUGGCACUUAAAUUUUCUUAUCAUGAAGGUUUACACAUUGAUGGCAUAAUGGAAUUUCUUUUGUUUUUAUGAACCAACUGAACAUGCAUAGCAUCAAAUGGAAUAAAAAAACAACCGUAAAUGGAAAUGGAAGGAUCGUGACUAAUGUUGUAUUUUUUCCACUCUAUUCAUUAAAAUCGUCAUAAUUUCUCUUUGUCAUAUUGACAUUAUUUACAAAAGACACGAUAUAUUAAAACAUAUCAGCUUUUUGUUCCAUGCUCCUCAUAAAUUAUUUGUUAAGGGAAUGCAGACUAAUACUUAUUUACAAAAUGUUGUAUAACAAUUAUUUCGUUGGAUUGAAAAGGAAAUUUUUUUUUAAAUUUUUUUCUUUGCUUUUUAAAAAUAAAUAUGUUAUUGAAUAUAUAAAAAAAACUAAUAUCGAUAUCGUCAUGAUGAUUAAUCAGAUUAUAGACUUUAAAACAAACGAAUAUCGAAUGCUUUUUGUCAUGUCUUAAUAAAAAAUCAUCUCGAGGAAUUAUAAUUUUACUAUCAUUUGUAUUACAAAGUUCUAUAAAUGUAUUUUAUAUAUGUACAUGUUUUGCUCUCGUGCAUGUCUACUAAUAUAUAAAUAUAAAAUAAAAAUCACUUCAGGUUUAGAAUAUCCUAAUAAAUUGAACCACUUGUGUUUUAUUUUUAUAUAGAGUUUUAGGUCCUUUUCACUCAUUAAUACGUUUGGAUAUCUUAUGAAGUUAAAACCAGUGUAUAAAUAUACACUGUAUUAUAAAAUUUGAUGCAUAAAAAAUGUUAACUUUUAUAUUUAAAACAUAAUGUUUUAAUUUUACAUAAACAGGUAACUUGAUUAGUGAAAAAUAAAAAAAAUGUAAUUUAAAUGUAACUGAAGAAAAUUCAAUUUACUAUAUAACUUAUUUGAUUACUUUACAUAAGAGACGUUAAGCUUAGUUUCACUUGUCAUUUAUUUGGAAAGAUCACGUAUUUCAUUAAAUUGUAUUCUGUAUUUUUACAUUUCACGCACAUUACACUGUGUCAUAGAAUGGUCGCAAAUAAAGAAGAAGUAUAAAGCAGA